UCAGAAGAGGAGGCACAAAGGGGUGGGGAAGUUUGAAAUAUCCUGGCUUUUUUCAAGAAGCAUCUACAGUAGGUGAGAUCCGCGGAUCAGUUAGCUACUAGCAAUUAAUGGUCUGCAUAUCUGGUAACCUCGUAACCUUUCUGUUGCACUUACAACCAGACACCCAUUUGCACAAUAAAGCUCAUUUAUGAGAAAUCUCCUGGAGUGUUAAGAAUCUGUAAAAAGUAUCAAAAACGAAAGAACAACAGCAUGCGGUUUCGCCAACAAACAAGCAAAGAGAUCACUAGGAAGAUUACAUUUUUCUUUAGUUUGAAAAUCCAUGGAUCGUGAGUAACCACGCCACUUUAGUUCACUUAAUUGUAGUCCGACACAGAAAACGGUACGUUUCUCGCUGUACUGAACCCGCGCCGAGAAGUUUUCAAACAAACCCGGAAGCUCUGCUGAUAUCUUUCGAAUAUAUAUUUUUAAAUUUUCGUUUUCUUCCAGCGGUCUGCAGCGUGCUGAGCAAGGCUACGUUGACGUGAAGCAGAAAAAGGGGGCAGGCUGCGUCGCGAGAAAAGUGCGUGUCUUUUAAAUGGAGUGAGGAGGCUGGAGCCACGUUUGACUUGGAGGGACCGGGUCAAUGGAUUUGCUAAAGGAAUAAACUAAAAACAAGCACUUCUCUCUCUCUUUUUUUUCCCUUUCUCUUAUAUGGCCUCUGCUGGAGUAGCAUACAGUAGCUAGCUAAUAGAUACGCCAUUCCAGACCAUGGCUCCUUACGUUUUAGCAAUAUUACAGGUCUUUCUGAUUUUCAUAGCUCAGCCGCUGCCUUCGUUUUCAUGGGAUACUGAUUUGGAGCUCUUUGACCUCGUUGAAGAAAUUCCACAGACUUUUUAUGAAUUUCUCGGCGUGGCACAGGAUGCUUCGCCAGCAGACAUCAAGAAGGCCUAUCGCAAGCUAUCACUGAUCCUGCACCCAGAUAAGAACAAAGAUGAAAAUGCAGAAACUCAAUUCACACAACUAGUAGCAAUCUAUGAAGUCCUGAAAGAUGAAGAAAGAAGGCAGAGGUACGAUGAUAUUCUGGUUAAUGGCCUUCCAGACUGGAGACAGCCCGUGUUCUACUACAGGCGGGUGAGGAAGAUGAGCAACACUGAGCUGGGCCUGCUGCUCUUCAUCAUUCUCACGGUCGGACACUAUGCUGUCAUUUGGUCCAUAUACCUGGAGAAGAAACUGGAUGAACUCCUCAGCAAAAAAAAGAGGGAGAAGAAGAAAAAGACAAGUAACAAAAUCACAGAGGACCCGAAGUCAGGAACCCAGGACAAAAAUGAGAGAUCUUCAGACAAGCCUCACUGGCAUGAUAUUCUCCCGUUCAAGCUGAGCAUGUGGCUGUACCUCUCUGUGAAGUCAUUUCCUCAGUUAAUACAGGAUGUCAAACAGUAUUAUGAGGACUACAAAGAAAUGAAGAUCAGGGAGAAGGAGGAAGCUCUGGCCCUAGCAGAUAAAGAAGCCCAACAAAAAGAAAAGAAACCGAAGGUGAAGAAGCCCAAAUCUGAGUUUCCGGUGUACAUCCCAGAUUCCAGGGAAAACACCUGUGUGCCAUCUUAUGAUCAGGAUGUCAGUAUUGAGGAAAUUGAAGACCAGAUGGAUGACUGGCUCGAAGAAAGAAAGACGCCAAAGAAGAAGGCACCUGAAUGGACAGAAGAGGACCUCAGUCAGCUGACAAGAAGUAUGGUUAAGUUCCCAGGGGGGACCCCAGGUCGAUGGGAAAAGAUUGCUCACGAAUUGGGUCGAUCGGUGGCAGAUGUAACUUCGAAAGUCAAACAAGUAAAGGACUGUGUUACCAACACAUCAGGGCUGGUGAAGUUUUCCGAUCUGAAGAACACUGCUCAGCCGCCGAGGGGGCCGAAAGGGGUUGGCGUGGGCUUGUCAGACAGUAUCAUCACCCGUCGUGAGGAGGAGGAGCCCGAUCCCCCGCCUCAGGAGCCCGAGGAGUCGGCGGCCGCGGAGAACAGGCCUCGCCGGAGGCGGGCCGGCAAGGCCGCCGACAGACCCGGGGCCGCGAGAGAGGAGAGCGAGGAGAAGCCGAAGGGGAGGCGACAGAGGGACUUCGAUAACUCGGCGCUGGACGACGACAGCGGCGACGACAGGAGAGCCAAAGACAAGAGCCCGAUGGAGGAGAUCUGGACCCAGAAUCAGCAGAAACUGCUGGAGUUGGCCCUGCAGCAGUACCCCAGGGGCACAGCCGAACGGUGGGACAAGAUUGCCAAAGUUGUACCUGGCAAGACAAAGGAAGAAUGCAUGAUUCGAUACAAGCUUCUGGCAGAACUGGUUCAGAAGAGGAAACAAGUGAAGAGCUGACUUGAUCACAUUACAGUGCAGUGGACUUCUAAGUGUCAACAUGAACCUUUUAAUUACCUCACAUUUUUAUGUCAUGUGCCUUAGUUAGAGUGAAUAAAGGUGGUCAGAUGUCUUCAAAAUCACAAAAUAUAAGACUGCCUUUUCCUUUCAGAAGCCUACUGCGCUUUUACGUAAGCUUUUUUUUUUCCCCUUUCCACAUUGCGGGAAAUGCUCCGUCUGCAUCCUUGAAUAUAUUUAGUUAGUACCCAGGAAAGUUUUAUUCUAAUUCAUCAGCUUUCAGUAUUUGGUCUUGACCCCGAAGUUAAAUUAUUUCUAUGCAAGAAGUGGUCUGAAAAGAAAUUCUCAUGAGCAUGUUAGGGGAUUUGUAAAAUAAAGACAAUGGUUUCCAGAAACUUAAGAAUGAAAAAAGUGUGUGUUAUGCGGUAUGUCAUGCUUUUUGCAAUAAGAAAAUGUUGUUAGUACUGUUUACAAUCAGCUUGGGCAGAUCACAAAAACUUUUUAUUUUUAUUUUGAAUUGAUCCUUCUCAUCUUUUGCCGGUCGUAAUCUUUUAUCAAAGAUGUUUGGGCAAGAGGAGUCUUACUACAUGGUUUCCAUUAUUUAAACUUUGAAAAAUUACAGUAUAUGUGACAAAUAAUACCGAUAAGGACAAGAAAUGCAGUGUUCAGAGAAUUAGUUGGAUAUGCUGUUUGUUAAAUGGGCUGGCGGCCAUAUAAGCCGUUUUAAACAUUUAAAAUUCACAAGUUCACAUGCCACUGUGCCUAGAUCUUCCCAGAUUCUCAAAACAACCCUCACCCUCAGUGCAGGCUGUAUGUUUGAGAAGGAAGUCUCCAGCAGACUACCUCAUGUAACAAGAGCUUAAGACUAGCAAGGCCUACACCAGAAUUCAAGAUUGUGUGAUUUAUUGGGUGUUUAUUUUUUUUUUCCUCUUUGAGAACUGAGGCAUUAAAGAGCUAGAAAAUCAGAUCUUAGACCAUGCUGCCACAUCACAACUGACCUCACACUGUACUAAAGGGUCUGUCUCAAGGAGGUUUGACAUGACUCAGCAUAGAUAGAGCACUCUUUUGACAACUGAUGACCCAGCACAUCUUGUCUGGGACCUGCUACUGUAGGAACACCACAAUUUCUAUAAUGCACCUAACACCACCUGCAUAGUGAGGAUGUGGAAGCACCCAAUGGUAGGCUAGGAUCUGUAAUGGAAUUUUUAGCAAUAUUUUGGUAGAUGUCAUAAUUUGUUUUAAUCAUCAAGCAUUGACAAAUAAUAUUUCCAUAAUGCUCAAUUUCCCUACUGCUUAUAAUUCAUCAAAUGCUCAGAAUUUGGAAUAGACACUCAAAUUUGAGAACUUAUUUUCUGAGCUGUGAAGUGUAAGCCAUAAUGAACAGAAGUAUUUUUAGCUGUCUAAAAUCAAUUUUUAGUUAUCAGCUUUGGUGAGGUAUUAAACAUGAUUGCAUAAAAAUUGUUCAGUUUUGUUUGCAGUCCUUUUCCAAACCUUCGACUAUACCAUAUUUGUAACAUAUAUUGGUUCCAAAAUUCUCAAUUAUCAGGAGAGAGAGCGUGCACCCAAGAUAUGCACUAUUGUACAGACCAAACCAGGUAUGAGCAAUAUGGUGUAAGCUUAAGUGUGGAGCUGUAACUAAAAAGAUGGGCUUGUUAAGUAUUUGAUGCUUUAAAACCAUUUUAAGCGAGGCGACAAUGGCAGUUAUCUUUUCUCUAUGAACAUCAGACAAACAUGGUUAUGCACAGAUGUAAAAAUCAAAUGUUUAGAGAACUAGCCAGAUGAUUCCUUCAGCCAGCCCUCCCACUGUCCGAACACUAUUUUUUGUAGGGAAAAAUUAUCUAAGCAAUUCCAUAAAUCGUAUAAACAGAUGUCAUCGGUACUACAUUCAUCACUCCAGCUGCAGUAAUAGAUUUGCAAACUUACCAGCUUAAAAAAAAAAACGCGGUCUUGUAAAUCGACCUUUGUGUAGUCAAACCUUAUCUUCCCGUGACAAAAAACACGGCCAAGGCAGCAUUCUUUACACGGAGAAAUUAAUUACUGUUCAAAUGCCUGUGUCGUUAAGAUGAAUGGAACUGAAACCUGCUUUUGGCUGGUCCUGUUUUUUUCCACGCCAGUUUCUGCAAACGCCCCCCCCCACUACUGUGCCUGCUCAGCCUCUGCCACUACGAGAGGGGUCGACGUGGUGCCACACUGGGCAUCUCCACCCUGGGUCGCAGUCCAAGGUCUCUGGUCUUGAGCACACAUCACUUAUCUGCUACCGAGAUUCUGCCCAGUGGACAAGGUCCUGGCGCCACUGGUUUGAGCGAGCCAGUGAUAACUGCAACAGGAAACAAAUGGUAUUCAAGAGCUCUGGGGAGUAAGUGCAGCAAGGAUAAGAGAUACGAAUGAAUUCUGUAAAAAAAAAAAACAGAAUAGGGAACAGAAUGAGGGGCUCGGGAGAGGGCAUUGUGUCUCAUUUCACAAUCUUCGUCCCCUUCACAACUCAAAAUCAUAGCAAAAACUUGAAUGUACUUUGUUCCAAAAGGGGGCUUAAAUAUUAUUUAAACAAUUUUAAUAACAUCCACAACAUAGUUUUGUCCAAAUUCCACAGAGGGCAUUUUCUCCAGGAUGGGAACAGUGAAUACCUGUUCAUGCUGCAAAGGACUAAGUAAAGGUUUAUUCCAUGCUGAAAAGAGAAGAAAGGUGCCACAGCCAAAACAUUGCGUUUCUUUUCUUCUUACUGCGUGGAAUAAACAUUCAUGUGGUCCUUUGCUACCUGUUCACACUGUUGAUUUUUGCCAUGCUGGCUGGUUUCCAAACACUAAAAAUGCACUUAUUUUGUAACAGACAUACCUACAUUAGGGGAGACCAUGUUUUUUGUUUGGACACAAUGAAGAAAUAAAACUUGAUAAAGAAAAAUACGGGAUCUACACGUUUUUCUACCAAGAAAAACCUUUUGAUCGGGAACGUGUUACAUGAUACAGAGUGGAAUUCCUUAAGAUUUAUAGACAUUCAUUUGUUCCACCGAAUAUUUAAAUGCUUUUUUAUAUUAUGUUGCUGUUGUUGGUAAUAAAAGUGCUAAAGCUAACAUUUCUUGAUUUCAAAGUGAAUAUAAUAUCUAGGCACUGUGGCAAAUGGAUUUUUGACGCCAACAGGUAUAAUAUUUCACUUGCAAAAUACAUCCCUUUGAGUAUUUGGAUCAAAAGUAUUCUGCUUCAUCAUGUGGCUAAUAUGCUUGAUCUAGUUGCAGCACUGUCACAAUCCUUCCAGUACUGAUGGACACUAUACAUACACUGCUAGUAUGUAGCACUGGAAACACAGGCCGAGUCUUUUGAAAAGCUACAUCUAAGCAUAUUACUGUAUGUCAUACUGAAUUAAGAACUACGAAGGAUUUGUAUCACGGUGGCAAUGAUGACACAAUGUCAUUAUAUGUGUUUGAUGGACAUGGUGACAAAAGAAUGGGAAAUCCCAAAUACAACAAAUCUACAAAUCUUUUGGCA